CCUCCUCCUCCUCCUUUCUCUCGCUGGUCCCGCCUCCUCCUCGGAGUUAGGAAGACUCGCCGAUGCGUUCGGGUUGUGGCUAGGCUUGCCCUGCUCUUUCUUGUAAGCCUAUCCAGGCGAGGGGGAAGCAAGAGCCCUCGCAUCUGGUUUUCGCUCCUCGUUCUCGUGCUUGGGUCUCACCGUGUUUGUGUAUUUUAAAGGCGAGAAGACGAGGGGAACGAAACCCGCCGGAUCCAUCCGUCCCCGUGGGCGGUUUUAAUUUUUCGUUUUUCUCAUUAUUAUUUUUUUUUAAAUCUCCCCUCUUCACAAUGAACAAACUGUAUAUCGGAAACCUCAGCGAGAACGCCGCCCCCUCGGACCUGGAAAGUGUCUUCAAGGACGCCAAGAUCCCGGUGUCGGGACCCUUCCUGGUGAAGACCGGCUACGCGUUCGUGGACUGUCCGGACGAGAGCUGGGCCCUCAAGGCCAUCGAGGCGCUUUCAGGUAAAACGGAACUGCACGGGAAGCCCAUAGAAGUGGAGCACUCGGUUCCAAAAAGGCAGAGGAUUCGGAAACUUCAGAUACGAAAUAUCCCGCCUCACUUACAGUGGGAGGUGCUGGAUAGUUUACUAGUCCAGUAUGGAGUGGUGGAGAGCUGUGAGCAAGUGAACACUGACUCGGAAACUGCAGUCGUAAAUGUAACCUAUUCCAGUAAGGACCAAGCUAGACAAGCUUUGGACAAACUGAAUGGAUUUCAGUUGGAGAACUUCACCUUGAAAGUGGCCUAUAUCCCUGAUGAGAUGGCCACCCAGCAGAACCCCUUGCAGCAGCCCCGAGGUCGCCGUGGGCUUGGGCAGAGGGGCUCUUCUAGGCAGGGAUCUCCGGGCUCAGUGUCCAAGCAGAAACCCUGUGACUUGCCUCUGCGCCUGCUGGUGCCCACCCAGUUCGUUGGAGCCAUUAUAGGAAAAGAAGGUGCCACCAUUCGGAACAUCACCAAACAGACGCAGUCCAAAAUCGACGUCCAUCGUAAAGAGAAUGCAGGGGCUGCUGAGAAGUCCAUUACUAUCCUCUCUACCCCUGAAGGCACCUCUGCGGCUUGUAAGUCUAUUCUGGAGAUUAUGCAUAAGGAGGCUCAAGAUAUAAAAUUCACAGAAGAGAUCCCCUUGAAGAUUUUAGCCCAUAAUAACUUUGUAGGCCGCCUUAUCGGUAAAGAAGGAAGAAACCUUAAAAAAAUUGAGCAAGACACAGACACUAAAAUCACGAUAUCUCCAUUGCAGGAACUGACACUGUAUAAUCCAGAACGCACCAUCACAGUGAAAGGCAGUGUGGAAACCUGUGCCAAAGCCGAGGAGGAGAUCAUGAAGAAGAUCAGGGAGUCUUAUGAAAAUGAUAUUGCUUCUAUGAAUCUUCAAGCACAUUUAAUUCCUGGAUUGAAUCUGAAUGCCUUGGGUCUGUUCCCACCCACUUCAGGGAUGCCACCGCCCACCUCAGGGCCCCCAUCUGCUGUGACUCCUCCCUACCCACAGUUUGAGCAGUCAGAAACGGAGACGGUUCAUCUGUUUAUCCCAGCCCUGUCCGUGGGCGCCAUCAUCGGCAAGCAGGGCCAGCACAUCAAACAGCUUUCCCGCUUUGCGGGAGCUUCGAUUAAGAUCGCUCCAGCUGAAGCACCAGAUGCUAAAGUGAGGAUGGUGAUUAUCACUGGCCCCCCCGAGGCUCAGUUCAAGGCUCAGGGAAGAAUUUAUGGAAAAAUUAAAGAAGAAAACUUUGUUAGCCCUAAAGAAGAGGUGAAACUUGAAGCUCAUAUCCGAGUGCCGUCCUUUGCUGCUGGCAGAGUUAUUGGAAAAGGAGGCAAAACGGUGAAUGAGCUCCAGAAUUUGUCAAGCGCUGAAGUCGUUGUCCCUCGUGACCAGACACCUGAUGAGAAUGACCAAGUGGUUGUCAAAAUAACUGGUCACUUCUAUGCUUGCCAGGUUGCCCAGAGAAAAAUUCAGGAAAUUCUGACUCAGGUAAAGCAGCAUCAACAGCAGAAAGCUCUGCAAAGUGGACCACCUCAAUCAAGGCGGAAGUAAAGGCUCAGGAAACAGCCCACCACAGAGGCAGAUGCCAAACCAAAGACAGAUUGCUUAACCAACAGACGGGCCGACCCCCAUCCAGACCACAUGCACAAGUUUUUACCUAGCCAGUUGUUUCUGAGGACCAGGCAACUUUUGAACUCCUGUCUCUGUGAGAAUGUAUACUUUAUGCUCUCUGAAAUGUAUGACACCCAGCUUUAAAAAAAAUGAGGGGGGGAGGGAGGGAAAGAGAGGAGCUCUGCACUUCCCUUUGUUGGAGUCUCACAGCAUAACAAUUCUAACUUUUCUUAAUAGUCCCCCAUAAUGCCAGAAAUUGGCUGAUACAUUCACUAAAUUCAUCAAAUAGAUUGCUCCUAAAUCCAGUUGUUAAAAUUGGAUCAGAAUGAUGAUCACAGGAACAAAAAUGUUAAGCCAUUAGCAUAGAAAAACUGUUCUCAGUUUUAUCAUUGUCUAACACUAACAUGAAUAACCUAAGGGAAGUGCUCAAUGGUGUUGGCAGGGGUAUUCAAUGUGCAUUUUUACUCAGCUACCUCAGGUAUUCAGUAAUACAGUGAAAAGCAAAAUUGUUCCUUUUUUUGAAAAUUUUAUAUGCUUUAUAAUGAUAGAAGUCCAACCAUUUUUUAAAAAAUAAAUUUAAAAACUUACAGCUAACAGGCAAAUAAUUGAGAAAGAUUUUUACUUCUGGCUGGUGACAGUAAAGCUGGAAAAUUGAUUUCAGGUUUUUUGAGGCUUUUGACACAGUUACUCGUUGGAAAAAUCCAAUAAAUGUUCAAAAGUAUGGAGCAGUGCCUAUAUUUGGAGAGCAGCAAUCCCAUUUAUUCUUUUGUUUAUCAUUGGGAAGGUUUCGAUGGUACUAACAGAGCAAAGUGGUGGCAGGAGGUACUGGAACGGCUGGUUUAAAUGGCUUCAGGAGACUUCCGUUUGUUUAGCUACAAGAUGAAGCGCAUAAACGCUUUGUGCUUUUGACUAUCACUACUUAAAGUACAUCAUUGAAGAGAUGCAGGACUUUAAGAUGAUUGGCAAAAAGCAAGCUUCAGCUUAUCUUAUAGGCUGCUCAGUUUGCCAAGACACUGCAGAACAGCUGGUCUCCACUUUGAGCAGACUUCAAACUAAAUACUUUAUGAAGACCAAUGGGACAGUCAGACAAGGUGUGACAGCGCUUAAAGGCAACAAAAGACUACAUCUCCAUGUGCCCGGCACUGUCUUGAUCCUCAGUAAGCUGUUGUGAAGAUUUUAAAGCAAUGAGAAAUAAAAAAAUUAAACUCCACCUAAAAUAUCACAUAAAACGUAGCAAGAUUUCCAUAUACUCUGCAGCCAGUUAUUUGAAAAUAAGGCAAAAGGUAGAGGAUACAAGAAAACAGGUUUUGGAAUAUAAUUUGAAUGACUGUGAAAACUUUUAUCUAACCUUCGAUACUGAACUUGUCUGCCCAUUCCUUAACUUGAUGGCAAAGCCCAGGAUGUACAAUUAUGUUGGGUGUGGGUGGUCUCCACGGCCACGCUGCUCUCUGAAUUGUUUUGUUUUGUUCAUAAGAUGACUGCAGUCACAUAACACUGAUAUGAAGGGCUUAUAUAACCCCUUAAAAAUCACUUUGCCUCACUGAUAUUUCAAGAUGAAUUUCUAUACAGACUAGAAACAUUUUUUUCUGAAGGUCAGCAUAUCAAUUAGACAUUUUGAAAAUGAUUUGAACUGUUUUCCUAAAUAUUUUCAGAAAACCAGUUUAUUUUUUAGUUUUAGCCAAAAAUUUUAAAAAGUGCCCUUUUUGUCACUGGAUUCACCUAGUAGUCAUAAUUUUUUUUCCAUUACAAUGAAUUAAAAUUGCUAAAGAGUCAUGGACUGGCUUUCUGGUUGGAUUUCAGGUGAGAUGUGUUUAAGGCCAGAGCUCUUCCUCAGUAUUUGAUUUUUUGCCAAUGUUUGAUUUUUUUUUUUUUAAAUACAGAUAGGUGCUGCAUUUAUAUCUGCUGGUUUAAAUUCUGUCAUAUUUCACUUCUAGCCUUUUAGUAUGGCAAAUCAUAUUUUACUUUCACUUAAGCAUUGAUAAUUUGGAGUAUCUGGUACUAGCUAAGAAAUAAUUCUGUAAUUGAGUUUUGUACUCACCGUAUAUGGAUCAUUCCUCAUCUAUAAUGUGCCCCAAUUGCAGCUUCAUUUUCAGAUACCAUGAUGCAGAAUAAAAUAUUUCAUUUUUCAUCAUUUAGAUGCA